GAGUGACAGUUCAUUCAGGUUCUUUGUGUUCUUCUUUGUAUAUAUCUGUCAGUUUGCUGUACAUGUACUUCAAGCUGCAGGAUUUCAAAGAUGGGGAAACUGUGGGUGGAUUUCAUCUCUUACUGGUCUUAAUAAGAGUAUCCCUGUUGGCAUUAUGAUGAUAAUCAUAUCUGCACUUUUCACAGCAUCUGCUAUUAUUUCAUUAGUUAUGUUUAAAAAGGUGCAUGGCCUCUACCGCACAACUGGUGCUAGUUUUGAGAAAGCGCAGCAGGAGUUUGCAACGGGAGUGAUGUCCAACAAAACUGUACAAACUGCUGCAGCCAAUGCCGCUUCAACAGCAGCAACCAGUGCAACUCAGAAUGCAUUCAAGGGUAACCGAAUGUAGAGAAAUAUAAAAAGUCAUGACGAUUCU